CUUCUGCACCCUCUAGAAUGCCUGGAUGGUUCAAGAAGACGUGGUAUGGGCUGGCAUCUCUACUCAGCUUCUCCUCCUUCAUCCUGAUCAUCAUUGCCCUGGCAGUGCCCCACUGGCUGAGUGGGAAAAUCCUUUGUCAGACUGGAGUCGACCUGGUCAACGCCACUGAUCACGAGCUGGUCAAAUUCAUCGGGGACAUUUACUAUGGGCUCUUCCGAGGGUGUAAGGUGCGGCAGUGUGGGCUCGGGAGCCGCCAGUCGCGAUUCACAAUCUUCCCACACCUAGUGACGGAGCUGAACGCAGGCCUCCAUGUGACGAUCCUGCUGCUUCUCUUGCUGGCCUUGGCCCUGGCUCUGGUCAGCAUGGGGUUUGCCAUUCUCAACAUGACCCAGGUUCCCUACCAGGCAGUCAACGGCCCUGGGGGCAUCUGCCUGUGGAAUGUCCUCGCAGGUGGAGUGGUGGCAUUAGCCAUCACCAGCUUCAUGGCCGCGGUGAAAUUUCAUGACCUGACGGAGCGCAUCGCCAACUUUCAGGAGCUCUUUCAGUUUGUCGUGGUAGAAGAACAUUACAAAGAGUCCUUUUGGAUCUGCGUGGCCAGUGCCUCAGCCCAUGCAGCCAACUUGCUUGUGGUGGCGAUCAGCCAAAUUCCCCUCCCUGAGAUUAAGACCAAAAUAGAAGAGGCAACAGUCACAGCAGAAGAUAUCUUGUACUAAGAGCCUUCUCCUGUCACACCCUUUUCCAAAUCAGUUCUGGAAGGGGAGUGGAAGCAUCAUUUUUUCUUGCACCCUUCACACUCAGAAAUGUCCAUGUUCCUAGCAGUAAGAAGAAGGAAGUGUGGCCAGAAAAGAACUUUCCCAGAAUCCCUGGCAUCCCUGACUUCUCUCUGUUCACCUGUGCUUGAAGUUGUUCCAUGAUAGUGGAUAGUCCUAGCACAGCCUGCCACCUUUCCCUGUGACCCACAAAUAAACCCUGUGUUCUGGAGAAGAUGUGUUAGACUGGCUCCUAGGACAGGAUGAGAAUGUGCACUGAGGACCUGGAGCUAAACCUCAUCCCAUGGCAGAUAGUGAUCUUACCAGCAUGUUCCUUCCACUAUCCUGCCCCCCAUCCCCCAGCAUAUGUAAGCAUACACUGGAGACUGCCUGGCUAAAGUGUGUACACUUUAUGGCACCUGGCCCAGCCCUAUUGCUCUAUCUGUACCCAGCAGGGAGGGAGCGGGGUCCCUGGCCCAACACACACACACAGGGAGGGCUGCAUGUAGACCACCUCCCUGCAUCAGCUGCAGAG